GACAUUCUUAAUCGAAUGCUGAAGUCUUCACAGAUCUUAUGUAUCGGCACUCGGCUGUAUAUGUCUUAAUUUGUACGUCAUUGGCAUCGGCGCUUGAGUGACACAAGAUAGCAAACAAGGUCAAAGGACAUUUCUAUGUCCUCCACAGUCUGGAGGAACGAUGGACAACGCUGGCUAUUGCAGUGAGAGCUUCAACAGCCUGCAGAGUGGAACCAGCGAUGAGGACAUGGUGGAGAUCGCAGGAGCCACGCUGGACUUUUCCAGCACAGAUGACGUGCCUCCUCUGGACCGGGACUAUGGCUCAGGUGGUUCAUAUGGAGCUGGAGAUGGGCCUAAUGGGGUUCCUAAACUGAUGGAUUUGCUAGAUGAGCCGGUGCCUGGGGUCGGCACAUAUGAAGACUUCAACACUAUCGAUUGGGUCCGGGAGAAAUCUAAAGACCGAGAUCGCCACAGAGAGAUUGCUACCAAGAGUAAAGAGUCAACCUGGGCUCUGAUGAAAAGUAUCAGCGACGCCUUCUCUGGCUGGCUUCUCAUGCUGUUUGUGGGACUAAUGUCAGGUGCCCUGGCUGGUGGGAUCGACAUCUCUGCCCACUGGAUGACAGAUCUGAAGGAGGGAGUGUGUCUGAACGGCUUCUGGUUUAAUCAUGAGCACUGCUGUUGGAACUCCAACGAGACAACCUUCCAGGAGAGAGACAAAUGCCCUCAAUGGAAAAGCUGGGCAGAGCUCAUCGUCGGCACCAACAACGGCCCUUUUGCCUACAUCAUGAAUUACCUGAUGUAUGUGUGCUGGGCACUGCUUUUCUCCUUCCUGGCUGUGUCUUUAGUCAGGGCCUUUGCCCCAUAUGCCUGUGGCUCUGGAAUUCCUGAGAUCAAGACCAUCUUGAGUGGGUUUAUCAUCAGGGGCUACCUGGGUAAAUGGACUCUUAUGAUUAAAACCAUCACCUUGGUGCUGGCUGUGUCAUCUGGACUCAGCCUGGGCAAAGAAGGGCCUCUGGUCCAUGUGGCCUGUUGCUGUGGCAACAUCCUAUGCCACCUCUUCACCAAGUACCGCAGGAAUGAGGCAAAGAGACGUGAGGUGUUGUCUGCUGCAGCAGCCGUUGGUGUGUCAGUAGCUUUUGGCGCACCGAUCGGUGGCGUUCUCUUCAGUCUGGAAGAGGUGAGUUAUUAUUUUCCUCUGAAGACGCUGUGGCGCUCUUUCUUUGCUGCAUUGGUGGCGGCCUUCACCCUUCGGUCCAUCAACCCGUUUGGUAACAGCAGGCUGGUGCUCUUCUACGUGGAGUUCCACUCCCCUUGGCACUUGCUGGAGCUCAUUCCCUUUGUCCUGUUGGGUAUUUUCGGAGGAAUCUGGGGAGCUUUCUUCAUCCGUGCAAACAUUGCGUGGUGUCGCCGGCGUAAGACCACGCGGCUGGGUCACUACCCUGUCCUGGAGGUGCUGGUUGUUACGGCGGUCACAGCUCUGCUGGCGUUCCCCAACAGCUACACGCGUAUGAGCACCAGCGAGCUGAUCUCUGAGCUGUUCAAUGAUUGCGGCCUGCUGGAUUCCUCACAGCUGUGUAACUACACCAACGUGAGCAUCACCAAGAGCACCAGCGACGCUCUGCCUGACAGACCAGCGGGACAUGAGGUCUACACAGCCUUGUGGCAGCUGUCACUCGCCCUGGUCUUCAAGAUGCUCAUCACUGUGGUGACCUUCGGCAUGAAGGUGCCCUCUGGUCUCUUCAUCCCCAGUAUGGCUGUGGGAGCGAUCGCGGGCAGGCUGCUCGGUGUGGGUAUGGAGCAGCUGGCAUAUUACCACCAUGACUGGGUAAUCUUUAGAGGCUGGUGCUCACCUGGAGCGGACUGCAUCACCCCAGGCCUCUAUGCUAUGGUGGGCGCUACUGCCUGCUUGGGUGGUGUGACUCGUAUGACCGUCUCUCUGGUGGUCAUCAUGUUUGAGCUAACGGGCGGUCUGGAAUACAUCGUGCCUCUCAUGGCUGCCACCAUGACUAGUAAAUGGGUGGCAGAUGCUCUGGGUCGAGAGGGCAUCUAUGAGGCUCACAUCCGUCUCAACGGCUACCCCUUCCUGGAGUCUAAGGAGGAGUUCAGCCACAAGACGCUGGCCAUGGAUGUGAUGCGACCUCGCCGUAGCGACCCCCCACUCUCCGUGAUCACACAGGACGGGAUGAGUGUGGAGGAAGUCGAGUCGCUCAUUGCUGAAACGUCAUACAGCGGUUUCCCUGUGGUCGUCUCACAUGAGUCUCAGAGACUUGUGGGCUUUGUGCAGCGCAGGGAUCUGGUCAUCUCUAUUGAAAAUGCUCGUCAGCGUCAGGAAGGUGUGGUCAGCGCCUCCCGAAUCUUCUUCACUGAAUACACACCUCCACAGCCACCCAACAGCCCUCCGCCGUUGAAGCUUCGUGGUAUCAUGGAUCUCAGUCCGUUUACCGUUACAGACCACACCGCCAUGGACAUUGUGGUGGACAUCUUUCGCAAGCUUGGUCUGCGCCAGUGUCUUGUCACUCACAACGGGCGUUUACUGGGCAUCAUCACCAAAAAAGACAUUCUGAAACACAUGGCCCAGAUGGCCAACCGAGACCCUGACUCUAUUCUCUUCAACUGAAGUGCCAAACGGGCUGUUAUGAAGCACCAGCCAGUUUGAAAUAACCCACUGGGCAGAAAACACCAGUCUGGCCAAAUGAUUUGCACUACAGAACUGUCAGUACUGGAUUAGCGUCCAUUCACACUGUGAAUCCAUUUGUAGGGUCUUAUUGGUACAGGCGCUACAACUGCAGGAUGGAGAACCUUCAGCAGCAUUCUAUGCACUCCAGCAAAUAGCUUAAAAGAGGUGGGACUGAGUGCAACCAAGUCUUGGUGUUUGCAAAUAGCCAACCUAUCAUAACAUAUCAAAGCAUCAAAACAUAUCACAAUAUAUACACCACACAGACAAGUGACGAAACUGUUGAAAUCAUUACAUUUUGUAGCAUAAAUCUGUCUAAAUAUAGACAUUCACCUACCUGGUCUACCUUGGAUCAUAUUACACAACCCCAAAACACUUCUGGUCAGAGACAUGUCACAUCUUACAGAUUUUAGGAGAAUUUCUUGUGUAUGUCAAGAGGAAGUCACAAGCAAUCAGUGAUUUCAAUCGGUGCAUAUUUCCCAGGAGUUCUCCUGCCUUCCACUAUGCGAUGGAUGUUAAUCAUCAGUUAAAACCAUUAUUUGUUGUUUACAUGUUCAUGCACAUUUUUUUAUUUUUUUUUUUAAAUCGGUUUAAAUAAGCAUUUGCGAGUAUUCCAGCAUCUAUAAACUCUCGGGCUGAAUUAUAUGAAUUAGUUUUUGAGUAUUAACAGUUUAUGAAUCUGAUGAUUCAGUUUCCUCAUUUUGUCAAGUCUUUAUUACAGCUCCAGAUUUUGUAGUUAGUCAUAAGCAGCACUGUGUAGUUUCUGCCAAGACAUGAUGCAUUAAAAGACUCAUUCUGUAUAUGUUUUCAAACUACAUGCACUUUUCACAAUUACAAUUUAAUUUAACACUAACAUUCAAAAGUUUGGGGUUAGUAAGAUUCUUCAUGUUUUUGAAAGCAGUCACUUAUGCUCAUCAUGGCUGCAUGUAGUUGAUCAAAAAUACAAUAAAACAGUAAUAUUGUGAAAUAAAUCUUUAAUAUAUUUUAAAAUGUAAUGAAUGCCUGUCGCGCAACUGUUUUCACCAUUGAUAAUAAGAAAUGUUUCUUGAGCAGCAAAUCAGCAUAUUAGAAUGAUUUCUGAAGGAUCAUGUGACACUGAAGACUGAAAUCAUCUAAUAUGCUGAUUUGCUGCUCAAAAAACAUUUCUUAUUAUCAAUGUUGAAAACAGUUGUGCUGAUUCAUAUUGUGCUGUGGAAACCAUGAUAAAUUUUUUUAGGAACAUGAGGAACAAGCAUUUAUUUGAAUUAGAAAUCUACUAUAACAUUAUAAAUGUCUUACAGUCAUUUUUGAUCAAUUUAAUGCAUCCCUGCUAAAUAAGUGUUUUCUUUAAAAAAAAAACUGACCCCAACUUUUUAACAGUAGUGUAUGUAGUUAUCUCUUAAUACCACUGUUAAAACCACAGAGUGUGUAGCAUUUUCCUAUGCAAGUUAGAUUGCCAUUAUUUUUGGACAAUAUGAACAUGCGAUUAAUGCAAAUGCAUUACAUGACAUUAUGCCUGUACCAUUUAUAUUCCUAUCACAUGCAUGUCCAAUUGUAACCUGAGCAUGAAAAAUGUCAUCUGAAUUGUGUCAUUUCAUGAUAUGCAUACAAACCCAGAUGUUUCCAUUUUAAUGUUAAAGCCUGCAUCUAUCUGGUUCAACCUCUUUUAAUAAUUUGAAUCUCUCUGUGUCAAUUCACAGUGGGAUAUAGAAUAAAUGCUAAGACCAUUAUAAACCGUACUUGAAACUCCCCUGAUGGCUCAUUAGCUUGGUUCUCAGUCCUUAGACGACUUCCACAGUAUUUCCAUUUUUAAAAAUAUAAGGGCCACUUUAUUAAGAACAUCUUAGAGCAUUGUGUACUAAUUUUUGUUGAAAAAAUGUUUAAUAUUUGCCCGAAAUCAUUUGUUGGGUUGUUUGUACUCAUUGUUUAAAUUAUGUAAACUUGUGUUUUUUUUUUUUUUAAUGUCAGCAUUGUCCAUUAGUGUUAAAUAUGAAUGUCACCUUAUCAUUGUAAUUUAUUCAUAAGCACUACAUGAAAUAUAAUUACAUGUAACAUGCUC